UUAAACUCUUCGGUUUACGCCUUCCCAUCCUUUGAAACCAACCGCACAUUGAAUCCGAUGGCGGAGCUCAUCGAGUCGAAGAUGGAGGAGAUCGCCGAUAAGAUCUCCGACAAGAUCCACCGCAAGUCCUCCUCCUCCUCAUCGUCCUCCGAUUCCGACGACGACAAGCGCUCUCAUGGCCACAAACUCCCUUUCAAGUCCAAGGUUUAUCGCCUCUUCGGCAGAGAGAAGCCUCUUCACCAAGUCUUAGGCGCCGGAAAACCUGCUGAUAUUCUUUUGUGGAGGAACAAGAGAGUUUCUGGAGCCGUGCUUGGUGGCGUAACAACUUUCUGGUUUCUCUUUGAAGUUCUUGAUUACCAUUUGAUCACUCUGGUUUGCCACAUACUGAUACUCUCUUUAUCAGUACUUUUCCUAUGGUCCAAUGCCUCACAUUUCAUCAACAAUUCCCCACCAACCAUUCCAGAAGUUGUGAUCUCUGAGAAGUGUCUCCUUAAAGCUGCAUCUUGUUUAUCGACUGAAAUUAACCUAGCUGUGAAUGUUGUGCGGACCAUUGCAACCGGCAAAGAUUUGAAGACGUUUCUCGGUGCCGUUGCUGGAUUAUGGUUCAUCUCAGUUCUGGGGAGCUGUUUCAACUUCUUGACAUUGGUCUACAUCGUGGUUCUUCUGCUAUACACCGUGCCGGUGUUGUACGAGAAAUACGAGGACGAGGUGGAUGCACAUGCUGAGAAGGCAAUACUUGAGAUCAAGAAGCAGUAUGUAAUUUUAGAGAAGAAGGUUAUGGCUAAUAUAAAUAAAGGCAAGAAAAGAGAUUAG